CGUCUCAAAAAAAUAAAUGGUUCCUCAGACCGGGCCUAGCAAAUUAUUCUCGCAGUGAUAGGCUUGUAAAGUUUGAAAAUCCAAGUAAGCAAUGACACCAUUCUAAAGAAAAAACAAAAAGAAGAAAAAUCAGUUGUGACGCACGCACAUGUGCUAAUUAUUAUAAUCUAAUAUCUAAUUCAAGAAAAAUGAUAGUUUAAUUCUAAUCAUAGGGUCCUCUUUAGGCUAAUCUGACGGUCAGAACUGCAUCAAGAAUCAUCGGUUGCAUAAGAUCCAUGGUUCACCUCCACCUGAGCCUCUCCUCUGUUGCUCUAAUUAAAAUUUAAAAAUCCGUUUUUUCCCAGAGAUUCACAGAGAGGGAAGCGCCUGAAACGUAGAGAGAUGACGGCUACUACUAGUACUAGUCACGAAAUCACAACCCCUCUAAUUAACACCAAGCGAACCUCCAAUUACAAUCCCGCCGCCGACGACAACAAUGAGAAAGAGAAUUCUCCGAUCGAGCAAGUUGCUCUCACGGUUUCCACCGACGACGAUCCAACUCUCCCAACCGUCACGUUUCGCACAUGGACUCUGGGGACUCUCGCUUGCCUCGUCCUUUCCUUUCUCAACCAGUUCUUCUGGUACCGCCGUGAACCGCUUAGUAUCACUUCCAUCUCGGCCCAAAUUGCGGUAGUUCCUCUCGGCCAUCUCAUGGCCUCUAUAAUAACCGAUAAGGUUUUUUUCAAAGGAACAAAGUGGGAAUUCUCGUUUAAUCCGGGACCGUUUAAUGUGAAAGAGCAUGUGCUGAUCACGAUAUUUGCCAAUUCUGGAGCUGGUAACGUCUACGCCAUUCAUAUCAUUAGCGCCGUCAAGAUUUUCUACAAGAAGGAGCUGUCCUUUUUUGUGGCGUUUCUCGUCGUUAUAACGACACAGGUGCUGGGAUUCGGGUGGGCUGGGGUUUUCCGGCGGUAUUUGGUGGAGCCUGCUGCUAUGUGGUGGCCUCAGAAUCUGGUGCAGGUUUCCCUCUUCAGGGCACUACAUGAGAAAGAGGAGAGGCCCAAAGGAGGAUUAACAAGGAAUCAAUUCUUCAUAAUUGCUCUCAUUUGCAGCUUUGCUUAUUACGUCUUUCCAGGCUACCUCUUUCCAAAGUUAUCCUCUCUGUCUUGGAUUUGCUGGAUAUUCCCUACUUCAAUCCUUGCUCAUCAGCUUGGCUCAGGGUUGCAUGGUCUUGGAAUUGGCAGUAUUGGAUUUGACUGGGCUAGUAUAUCCUCUUACCUAGGCAGUCCAAUGGCUAGUCCAUGGUUUGCAACAGCCAAUUUAGCUUGUGGUUUUGCUCUAAUUAUGUAUGUCAUUACCCCAAUUGCAUAUUGGCUUAACGUCUACAAAGCCAAGACUUUUCCUAUAUUUUCUGAUGGCUUAUUCACUUCUAAUGGCCAAAAAUACAUUAUUUCAGCUAUUAUUGACCCCAAAUUCCACAUUGACAUGGAUGCAUAUGAACGUGAAGGUCCUCUCUAUCUCAGCACCAACUUUGCAAUGAUUUAUGGUUUGAAUUUUGCUACCCUGGCUGCAGUUAUUGUUCAUGUCUUCCUCUUUCAUGGAAGAAGUAUAUGGCAGCUAAGCAAGUCUGCGUUCCAAGAGAAGAAAAUGGAUGUGCAUACAAGACUCAUGAGAAAAUAUAAGCAAGUUCCUGAAUGGUGGUUUUUGUCCAUUCUUCUCUUCAACAUAGCUGCAACUAUAUUUAUAUGUGAGUACUACAAUGAUCAACUCCAAUUACCGUGGUGGGGUGUCCUGCUAGCUUGUGGUCUUGCUUUCUUUUUCACCCUCCCUAUUGGGAUCAUCGCUGCUACAACAAAUCAGACACUAGGCUUAAAUGUUAUAACUGAGUAUAUUAUUGGAUAUUUGUACCCUGGAUUUCCUGUUGCAAAUAUAUGCUUCAAGGUUUAUGGUUUCAUCAGCAUGAAACAAGGGAUUACUUUUUUGCAAGAUUUCAAGCUUGGACAUUACAUGAAGAUUCCUCCUAGGGACAUGUUUAUGGCCCAGGUGGUUGGCACUAUAAUAGCAGCAAUUGUACAUCUAGUAACAGCAUGGUGGCUAAUGGGAACUAUCCCCAAUAUAUGUGACCGUGAAUUGCUUCCAUCAGGAAGCCCAUGGACUUGCCCAGGUGAUCAUGUUUUCUAUGAUGCUUCUGUCAUCUGGGGUCUUAUUGGUCCCCGCAGAAUUUUUGGAGAUCUUGGCCAUUACUCUGCAAUCAACUGGUUUUUCUUGGCUGGUGCUAUAGCACCUAUCCUAGUUUGGUUUGCACACAAGGCCUUCCCUCACCAGCAUUGGAUUAAAUUAAUUUCCAUGCCAGUAGUCUUAGGUGCUACAUUACAGAUGCCACCAGCUACUGCUGUUAACUACAUUACUUGGAUUCUUAUUGGUUUUUGUUCAGGCUUUAUUGCUUUUAGAUACUAUAAUAAUUGGUGGAGACGCCACAACUAUGUUUUGUCUGCAGCUCUUCAUGCUGGGUUGGCUUUUAUGGCAGUACUUUUAUACUUGUGUUUAGGAAUGCAACAAGUUAGUCUUGAUUGGUGGGGAAAUGAUUCAGAUGGUUGUCCAUUAGCUUCUUGCCCAACUGCUCCUGGGGUUGUAGUGAAAGGUUGCCCUGUCCUCUGAGAAAAAGAGUAAAACAAUUAUUGUACUAUAAAAUGUUUUAUUUUCAAUUGUUCGCUUUAUUUUGCCUGCCUGCAUUCUGUUUAAAUUUAUAAUUAAGAAAAAUAAACUGAACUAUUUAAUGUAAAUGUAUUCAUUGAUAGCAAUGUAUGUUAUUCUUGUAAUUUU